UGCAUGUGACGUAAGGAGCGCCGGUCGCGGGAUGACAUCACGGAGGCGGAAGCCUUGUCAACCCGCUGACGGCUGGCCUGGGGAAGGUGCUCUGCUGGCGGGUUGUGUGGCACCGCGCGAUGGACCCAAGGAGAGUCGCGGUGGUAGAUUGUGACCUGAGCGAUCCAGAGGAGUGACGUGAGGGCGAGGCGUAGCUAACUGAAAAAUAAAUAUGGACAGAGGAAGAGGACCAAGAAAUGGUGCGGCCAUAAACAGGAACAUUUACCCACAACAGUACAGUUAUCCUUCAUCGCAGAGUCUUGAGAUACAGGAGCUGGCAUCCAAAAGAGUAGACAUUCAGAAAAAGAGGUUUUACCUGGAUGUUAAGCAGAGUGCGAGAGGCCGUUUCCUGAAGAUAGCAGAAGUUUGGAUAGGAAGAGGGAGGCAAGAUAACAUCCGGAAAAGUAAGUUAACGUUAUCUCUGUCGGUAGCUGCGGAAUUGAAGGACUGUUUAGGAGAUUUUAUUGAACACUAUGCUCACCUUGGUCUGCGAAGCACUCAUGCUCAAAGAACAGAACAUGGAGUUGAGAAAGAGCAUGAUGCAAGAAGGAGACCUCAUCCGUCUUCCCCUUCAGGAUCUGUGGGAUCAGAAGAGCCCACCACUCAUAGUGUCCUAAAGACUGAAUACAUUGAAAGGGACAACAGAAAAUAUUACUUGGACCUUAAAGAGAACCAGCGGGGGCGUUUUUUAAGAAUUAGGCAAACCAUGACUAGAGGGCCUGGAAUGAUUGGAUAUUUUGGACAGAGUUUAGGCCAAGAGCAGACUAUAGUUCUGCCAGCGCAAGGUAUGAUUGAAUUCAGAGAUGCCUUGGUUCAACUCAUUGAAGACUAUGGAGAAGGGGACAUUGAAGAAAGAAGGGGUGGUGGAGAUGAGCCUCCUGAACUUCCAGAAGGAACAUCCUUCCGUGUGGAUAACAAGAGGUUUUACUUUGAUGUAGGCUCCAACAGAUAUGGCAUAUUCUUGCGGGUAAGCGAGGUCAGGCCGCCAUACCGCAACACUAUCACUGUCCCUUAUAAAGUUUGGACAAGGUUCGGGGACAAUUUUAUAAAAUAUGAAGAAGAGAUGAGGAAAAUUUACAACAGCCAUAAAGAAAAGAGAAUGGAUGCGCGUGCGGACAGUGGCGAAGAGCAGGAGUGCCCCGAGUAGUCAACUAUCAAUAUGAUCACCCAACAAAACUUCAGUCUUUUUAUUGGAGACAAAGUCUGACGUCUUUUAAAACAAGAUUCCCCUAUUUCUUUUUUCCAUUUAUUUUUUUCUUGUUCGAUUAUUUUUUUUUUAGCAUAUUUACGAAUGAGAAAAAAUAUACUCAGAGAGCUUGGUAUGUGAUAUUUUAACUACAACACAAAAUACUCGUAUGAGUGUACCAGCCUCCUUUUAAAGCUGCUUCAAUAGAUUUCAAGAAUAUAGAAGUACGUUCUUGAUCAGCACAAAGUUCCAAACUUAAAUACCUUAGGUAAGGCUUAAAUUGCACUAUCAAAGCUAACUCCAUAUAUCUAUAUUUGUACAUGUAUAGAUAUAGCUGUAUUCUACACAUAAGAAAAUAUUCUCAAAGAGGACUUUUGCAUAACCAGUUUUAAAAGGAAAAGCUCUGCCAAGCUUAUAUACAGGGCAUUUAUUACUGUGAAUGUAUAGGAUAUGCAUUUACACUUCUUUUUUCCUUCAAUGCUCUAAUAGAGUUUAAACAAUAUUUUAGGUACCUUAUCUUUCAGUAAAAGAUAGAGACAUAAUGGUAGCUGACAGUGUGCAUUGUGAAUCAGCUGUUUACACUGCUUUACAGCCAAGGAAUUUAUAUAUCAUAAGACUUAAACACCAUGUUAAUAGGCCAAUAAAAUAGGUGCACCUAUAAUAAGAAAAACUUUGGAGUCAAAAAGGAGAGUGAAACUGAGACCUUUAUUGAUGGGUUUCUGCAGUUUUGACUGAGAAUUGUUGCAGAAGUGAGAAUGUGUGGUAACAAAGAACAUUGCACGUCCUUAAAGAUUGCCUUUCAAUGUGGUCUCCCUUCUCCAGAGCUAUUUUAGAAAUAUUGGUGCAACUCCCCCUUGGCCUGUUAUACACUGAAAAUUUGUUUAUAGUGUAAGUCAUUAUAUACUCCCCUUUUAUUUCGUGUCUAGUCAUGAUAAACAAAAUAUUGGUGAAUGUUAACAGCAUUAUUGUAAUGUUUGAUGUUUAAAUCUAGUGUUUGAUUACAGCAUCUCCUAGCAAAAAAAAAGCAGAACCCAACAAGUGUGGCUACUUUUUAAAAAUGUAACAACUUUGCUACACACAAAAGUUGGUCUGAAGUCCUUGUUCGUAAUAGUGGAGACAGAACCAUACCAAAUCUACCCUUACCUAUGUAUUAUUUUGCACAAGGGUUGCUGACUUUGUAUUUUGAGUGUAGAAGCACUGAAAAGUUUUAUUUUUGUUUAAAAAAAAAUCGUAUAUAUAAAUCUAUAUAUAUAUAUAUAUAUAUCAUUAGUGUUUAGUUAAUUGAAAUCUUGUAUGUAUUUCAUAGUUAUGCAUGUGAAGCAUACCUAGAGAGUUGCUUUUGGUAAAGAAAUGUGGGGUAUACAGUAUGUAUCACCAGAUAAUGUUGCUGCUAAUUACAGUGCCUGUUGUAAUGGAAAACAUUUUCACACAAUUAACUUGGUGUAUGAAUGUUAGAGCAAUUACAGUGAUGGUCAUGUAUCAUGUAUAUUCUACAUCCAUAUCUCUGCAUCAAGUCAAGCAAAUGUUGUCUGUGCUUAUGAUUGCAAUAGUUCUUUAGGCUUUCCAUAGGUUGGUGAGAAGUGGUUAUUCCGUAUAAUUAAUUCAAUAGUAUAUUGAAGGUCAAAUACAAAUUUAAUUUGCAUAA